ACUUUUACCAUCAGUUUCCAAAUUAACUAAGAACUCCAUACGCUGUAUCAAGUUUACUAAAAAUGCGUCACUUUAUUUUCAGCUAUUUUGUAUUUGUUUUAGCCACUGCUGCCUUGGUAUCUUCUGAGACAGCAACCAAGGAUCGAUUUCUAACUUCAGCUGGAUUCUCAUUUACAACGUUUACUUUGAUAAAAUCAACGUCCAUAUUUACUUCCACCACGAUUGUCACCACAACUUGUACGACAUCAACUUCUAUCCUGGCCACUUGCACAACAGGACGCCGCCGUCGUGGCCUCUUUUAUGACGAGUCAGCCGAUCAAUUUCGUCACCGUCGUGCUGGGCUUUUUUACAACGAUGAAAAUGUGGAGAACAAAGAUGGCACCGCCUUUCUUCCUGUUGAUGAGAAAUUGAAAACAGAUAGUAAUCCUAUUGAUGAAGUUCUGUCGAAAUCCGUUUCCGAACCUAUUGUGAUUCCAUUAGAAAUUCAGCCCGGUUUUUCAGUCCCCGAUGGAGCAGAAAGGAAUCGCUUCUUGUUGUCAUUUGGCAUUGCGACUCGCACUAGUUUGGUGUUCUCUACUUCCACUGUAAGUCUUACUGCAAUAUGUUUAAGCACUACUGGUUUUCCCCUCUGCGGAGGAGUUGGGAAAUAGAUGAAACUCCAAGUCUUUACAAACCUGAUCAGUAUUUUAGAGAAUUACAACAACUCCAUGUUGAACUACGUAUGAAACUAUUUUUCUUCUUACCGUUAAUUAGAAAAUGAAAUAAAAUCGUGUUAUAUUGUAUAUCCGAAGUAUUAAAUGUUGGAUAAAUAAAAUAGUUCAUUAGUU